UCUACCCGCGCCUCUUGUCAGUGCCUCCCACCCAGUCCACACAACACCACAUGCUUCCUCCCCACGAGCACCCACUCACAUGACCCAGCGUAAUGUCCCCCAACGGCACUCUCAUGGCCUACACGACCCCUAUUGACAUCCGCGACCUCCGCGACCAAGCUGCCCUCAUCUCCAUGGCCUGGAAAGACCACGCCGCCAAAUACCCUCCCCCCUCCGACCCUUCCCCCCCAGACCAGCUCGAAACUCUCACCAUCGAAACCGCAAACAACAACAUCAUCGCCCGUGCCAUCCAGCCCUCUCUGCUCCUGGUUCUCGUCGGCGGCGUUCCCCCCUCUCGGAAACAGGUCUUCAAAAUCACGCCCGAGGCGCGCGGCGAGGCGAGGUAUCCGGCGGAGGGAGGGGAGGAGGGGACGGAGCCGGUCGUGGGCAGUGGGAAGGCGGCGAGCGUGCUGAGUACGAUGAGCACGAGGGAGAAGGAUGUCAAGGGGGGUGCGCUGCACAUUCAGCGGAAGAAGAUCGAUGCGUUGACGGAGUAUCUGCGGAGGGAUUUCGAUGCCAAAGGGUUUGUUAUGCCGGAUGAUGCGGGGUUUUCGUGAGGAUUGGGCGGGCCCUGGGAUGGGAUGUUGAUAGCGUGGGCGCUCAUGGAUACGGUGUUUUCCUUGGCUUUUCAUCGCGAGGCGAUGGGAUGGAACGGUAUGUGCGAUAGGUGUAGAGUAUGUUCUGUUUCCGUACAAGACUGUUGGGGGCGGGGUUUGGUGUUUAUGCAACUGGUUUCUGUAAUACAUAUUCUAUUCCGAACCAACAGUGACGCCA